AUGCAGCGUUGGGCUCUGUUGCUGUCGGCUCACCAAUAUGACAUCAAAUAUAAGAGGUCUGAGCAGCAUUGCAAUGCAGAUGGACUGUCAAGGCUGCCUCUGCCAGACACAAAACCAGAAUGCCCUCCAGUCGACAUCUUCUACUUCAAAGAAGUGCAAAGUGCUCCAGUAACUGCUGCCCAAGUGAAACGAUUCACAAGAACUGACCCAGUUUUGUCAGAAUUUCUGGCCUGGAUGUCUCAUGGCUGGAGAGGAAAGAUGACAGACAAAUUCAAACCUUAUCUGAUUCGACGAAAUGAGUUGACAGUCCAGUCGGAUUGCUUACUUUGGGGUUAUCGUGUCAUUAUACCCCCGCCCCUGAGGAGCCUUUUGCUGAAAGAACUUCACGCUGGCCAUUCGGGAAUAGUGAGGAUGAAAGAGAUGGCACGCAGCUACUUCUGGUGGCCUGGCUUAGAUUCAGAGAUCGAAGAGGAAGUAAAGGGUUGUUCAGAGUGCCAGAAUGUAAGGAAUAUGCCCCAGACAGCCCCCUUACAUCCAUGGGAUUUUCCAGAGGUGCCAUGGCAAAGAAUACAUAUAGAUUUCGCAGGACCAUUGGAGAACCACAUGUUUCUGGUGAUUGUGGAUGCUCACAGCAAAUGGCCUGAGGUUGCAGUCAUGCAUAACACAUCCUCUGAGAAAACCAUUGAGGAGCUUAGAACUGUUUUCAGUCGUUUUGGGCUGCCACAACAGCUUGUAAGUGAUAAUGGCCCCCAGCUUGUGUCUGAAGAGUUCCAGUCCUUUCUGAGUGUAAAUGGAAUUCAGCACAUCAGGUCUGCUCCUUAUCAUCCAUCCACAAAUGGCCUGGCUGAACGAUUCGUUCAGACACUGAAGAAGGCUUUAAAGACAUCUCAGGGUAAGGGUUCCCUAAACCAAAGACUGAACACAUUUCUAUUGUCUUAUAGAAACACACCUCAUGCAGUCACAAAAGUCUCCCCAGCUACAGCAUUGCUGAAACGACAACUAUGCAGCAGACUGGAUCUUCUGAGACCAACAGGAACCAAACAAGUUGUAUUGUCACAACAGCGAAUGCAGGUGGAGAGGCGAUCCAAAGCGAAGUUCAGGAGGUUCAGCACAGGUGACAGCAUACUUGCUUGUAAUUAUGGGAAAGGAGCAAAAUGGGUACUCGCAACCAUUCUUGCCCGAACCGGUUUAACGAUGUAA